AUGAAGACGAUAAUUCUGCUGUUGUGUUUGGGAGUGGCGCUGGCCUACGAGCCUAUACUCGUGGACUACCACGCGAAGGUCGGCAUCCCGGAGGCAGUCAGGAUUAAGACGGCGGAAGCUGCAGAAGACUUCGAUGGCGCCAGGAUCGUGGGAGGCAGCGCUUCAAGCCUGGGAGCGCACCCACAUUUGGGCGGUCUGAUAGUGACCCUGACGACCGGCCAGACGUCUGUCUGCGGUUCGUCCCUACUAACCAGCUCGCGUUUGAUCACCGCCGCCCACUGCUGGCAGACGCGUAAUUUCCAAGGACGCUCCAUGGUGGUGGUUUUGGGCUCUAUUCGCUUGUUCUCUGGUGGCACCCGCGUCACCACUUCCAGCAUACAGCUCCACGGCAGUUACAAUAUGAAUAAUUUGAACAAUGACAUCGCUAUCAUCAGCAUUUCCAGUGUUUCGCUUAACAACAACAUCCGAGCUAUCGCGCUGCCGUCAGGUCUGCUGGAACACUUCACUUUCCAAGGCGAGGCAGCGCGCGCUGUCGGCUUCGGCAGGGUCAGCGACUCCAGCAGCAACAACGAGGCGCUCCGUCACGUGAACCUGCUGGUGAUAGCGAACUUCGAGUGCAUCGACGUGUACGGGCCCAGCUCGGUGCUGAACUCCAACCUGUGCACGAGCGGGCGCGGCGGCGUCGGCCCCUGCAGCGGGGACUCCGGCGGCUCGCUCGACUUCACCUUCAGCGGAGUGCGAUACUUGAUCGGUGUGACAUCGUUUGUUGCGGAGCGAGGUUGCCAGUCCGGCCUGCCCGCAGGCUACGCGCGCGUCACCUCCUACCUCAGCUGGAUACGAGCUAGAAUAUAA